UUUUUUUUUUUUCCGCCUUUGCCUUUUCCUCUCUCUCGUUAUGGUCAUUAUCAUGACCCUUUCAUCAAAGCGUAAAACGUAUCAAAGCAUGUGUAACGCACGUGGGAAAUUUCUUGCCGCUUUAAAAUCAAGCUUGUUUUGUGUUUCUGUACAAACGUGCAUUGAUUGGACUACAGUGGUUCACAAAACUUUGACAAAGGGAGCCCGGCGCCUACCACGAUCAAUCAAUCUAGCCGCCCUGCGCAAUCUCCCGUCUUCUUCGCGAAAGGCACAAUGAACUAAACUGGAAGCCACAAACCUAUGUUUCCUUGAAAAUCCCAUCUCAUUAAUCAGAUGGGCAAAGGAUAUAAAGACCCUGGUGGCCCAGCUAAAUGACUUAAUUAGUAUAUUCACCACCUAUUCACCUAACUAAGUUUAAUUAUACACAAAAUGCCUGGUGCAUCCUAUAGAAACCUUCUUUUCGGAUUCGCGGCUCUUGCCGCACAGGUAGACGCUUUUUGGCGUUUACCGUGCGCCUCUCCGGUGGUUGUUCAGCGGGCUGAUCCCAUCGAAGACCCUAACGCCGUCUCGAAGCAUGUACACACCGUGUUGGGUUCUAAUGCUUUUAAUUUUACCAUGAAUUAUCACGAUACACAGGCUGCAACAUGUUCAACAUGUAAAGCUGUUGAAGAUUUAUCUAGUUAUUGGGUACCUUCGCUGUAUUACCACGCAGAAAACGGCAGUUUCAUUAGUGUUGAGCAGGUUGGAGGUGCAUUAAUCUACUAUUUACAGCGCUCAGACCCCAAUGAUCCUAACGCUGCGGAGGGUCUUAUCCCCUUCCCUGAAGACUUCCGAAUGGUUGCUGGGACCCGAGAAAACCGCAACUUCACCGACAGCCCUGAGCAACGAGCCGUUUCUUUUGUCUGCCUUGGAACUGAAGGGCCGGCUACUUACGAACUUCCCAACAGAAACUGUCCCGGUGGACUACGAACCCAGUUAAUUAUGCCAUCAUGCUGGGACGGCAAGAAUCUGGACUCUCCAGACCAUAAGAGUCAUAUGGCUUACCCAAGUGGAAUAGAUAAUGGAGUAUGUCCAAAAUCUCAUCCAAAACGGUUCAUAACCAUGUUCUACGAGGUCACAUGGAGCGUGGACGAGUUUAAAGACCAGUGGUACGGAGAUCAGCAGCCAUUCGUGUUCUCACAUGGAGAUGAAACUGGCUAUGGAUACCACGGUGAUUUCAUUAACGGAUGGGACAUCCCAACCCUCCAAAAGGCAAUUAAUGAAUGUAACGCUGAAAGCGGUGUGAUUGAAGAAUGCGGCGCUUUUACGUUGCGCGAGGAUGACGACAUGAAAUCAUGUAAAAUCAUGCCUCGGGUGAACGAGUCAGUCAAGGGAGUUCUGUCUGCUCUCCCAGGUUGCAACAAGAUCCAGGCUGGUCCCGAGUCCUCGGACUGCCGCGAAGCAGCUAAGAUCGGUGACCCGAUACUUCCUUUUACGGACAUGACCAAGAAAUUAGGCUGGAAGUAUGUCGCGUGCGCCGAAGAUCCGGCAGGACAAAGCCGCACGCUCUCAGACUUGUCUAUCGACCAACAAGACAUGACGGUCGACAAAUGCAUAGCCACUUGCGGCGACAAGGGCUUCGAGUACGCUGGUGUCGAGUACACAUCUCAGUGCUUCUGUGGCCAUGGUAUCCCAAAAGAUCGCCUCCCGGCAAAUGGCACCACCGGCGACUGCAGCAUGCCGUGUGCUGGUAACUCGGAUCAGUUCUGCGGCGGUGCAGCGCGCGUUUCGAUCUACACCAAGUGCCAUGAUUCUUCAUACUGUGUUAACUAAGGGCAAAGUUAUAUGUCGUUGUUGCAAGGCCGGCGCGUUCUGUUUGCACUGUACCGUUUAGCUUUGUUAGUCUAAUUAUUAUUCACGAUUCUCAGUAAGCUACCAGGUGCUAGGAUGAGUUGCUGUUUCAUAAUUGUAACUUUUCCGUAUUUUGCU